AUGGCCGCCGACAUGGAAGCCAGCCAAUUGGAGCGCCUUGGAAAGAAAGCUUCGGCUCCCUUUAAGGCCCUGGCGACUACCGAGGACAACAAGAUGCCGAGGAUCAAGAACGACUUGAUCAAGCACGAGCAUCGGGCCAAGUUCGCAGAGCACCACCGGGCAUGGCUACGUUUCGAUGCCUAUUCUCGGGUCGCCAUGGCUCUGGGCAUCAACCAGAUGUUACAGUCCAUGUCCUAUUUCAUCGCCGGGCCCGUGCAAAAGCAUAGGCCCAGCUUUGCUUUGAUCACCGUGAUGGGAGUUCAGGCCCCGUCCCCCUGGCUCACCUACCUCAGGGAUUCGGACGCUUCGGCAGAGGCCAUUGCCUUCUUCCUUCUGAAGUUGGACUGGCGGACGAUGGAUCCCUG